CAAACAUGGGACUUCCAGUUCCAGACUGGCCUGAAUUUGACGAAAACACAAGACGAUUUAUUAACCUAGACACGGACAUCACUACCGGAUCUGAUUUAUUGGGAGACCGGAUACGAUUCUGGACUGAUGAAAUACCCCGUAUAAUGUCAGAAACUGAAAUGGUGAUUGACACUGCUAUGGGACCAAUCAAAGGAAUUGUACAAAUUGUGAAAGGCGCGACCAUCAACCAAUUCCGUAAGGUUCCGUUUGCUAAGCCGCCAACAGGUCCCUUAAGGUUUUCGAAACCUGUUUCUAUUUCAAACUGGACUGACACUCUUGAUGCUACACGUUUCGGACCCUCUUGUAUCCAAACAGUGUUACCGGGCUUUGACUUUACCAAUCCAGAUACAUCAGAAGAUUGUCUCUUUUUGAACAUUUAUGUACCGAAUGAAAUGUCAAUGACAGCAAACAAGUCGGUGAUGGUUUGGAUUCAUGGUGGGGGUUACACAAGUGGUUCAGGGAUGUCGUACGAUGGGACGUCACUAGCAAUUCACGGUGACGUCAUUGUGGUGACGCUUAACUACAGACUAGGUGUAUUUGGAUUUCUUAGUACAGGAGAUUCCAGCGCACGGGGCAACUACGGACUCUGGGAUCAGAUCGAAGCUCUGAAAUGGAUUAAAUCCAACAUAAAAUAUUUCGGUGGAAAUCCAGACUCAAUAACGUUGUUUGGUGAAUCAGCUGGAGCAUUCAGCAUUUCACACUUGGCUAUGAUUCCAGAAAACAAGGGUCUCUUUCAUCGAGUUGUUAUGCAAAGUGGCUCGUUGAGUUCCUUAGGAUCUAUCACGAAAGAUCCUCUCACGAAAUCACGAGCAUUGGGAAGCCAUUUAACAUGUAACAACACUGAUAAUACCACGUUACUGAUUUCUUGUUUACGUGAAAUCGACUUAUCAGUUUUGCAAAGUGGAGCGGCAGUAAUAUAUUCGUCUAUUACUUCGCUAGGAAAUGUAUUUGAAAUGGAAAUCACACCUGUUAUAGACGGGGAAUUGAUUGUAAGUCAUCCGGUCUCUCUACUUCAAAAUCAAUCAUCGGAACAGUUUGCAUUCUAUCAAUCACUUGACGUCAUUUCCGGUUGCAAUUCAGCCGAAGCAUCUCUAUAUCUAAUGCUUUUUCAGCUGUUUCCAAGUCUUUCUUCCCCUGCCGUCAAUAUUUCGGAUGGAGUUCCCAGCUGGGUUCUAAAAUUGUUCGCCCAAGUCGUGACCGAGGUAUACUACAACAACGAUACGAGAAUUCUACAACCUAUAUAUGACAAAUACAUUUCUACGAACAAAGAAGAACAAGGGCGACGUUUGGUGAAUCUUUUUGGUGAUAUCAUAUUUUAUAUCCCCAUGUUGGAAUCCCUGCUGGCGCAUGACAGAGAGGGAAAUUCAAAGGCCAACACUUUCCAAUAUUUCUUUUCAAAUCAACCAGUAGUCGAUCCUGUGAUUGGCGUUACCCCUAAAUGGUUCCAAGGCGCAGGUCAUUUUGCCGAAGUCGGAUUUCUUUUUGAUAACUGGGGUUAUCUUCAAGGUGACGACAAACACCUUUCAAAGGAAAUGAUGUCAUACUGGACUAACUUUGCACAAUACGGAAACCCAAACAUGGGACUUCCAGUUCCAGACUGGCCUGAAUUUGACGAAAACACAAGACGAUUUAUUAACCUAGACACGGACAUCACUACCGGAUCUGAUUUAUUGGGAGACCGGCUACGAUUCUGGACUGAUGAAAUACCCCGUAUAAUGUCAGAAACUGAAAUGGUGAUUGACACUGCUAUGGGACCAAUCAAAGGAAUUGUACAAAUUGUGAAAGGCGCGACCAUCAACCAAUUCCGUAAGGUUCCUUUUGCUAAGCCGCCAACAGGUCCUUUAAGGUUUUCGAAACCUGUUUCUAUUUCAAACUGGACUGACACUCUUGAUGCUACACGUUUCGGACCCUCUUGUAUCCAGCCAAUGAUCCAAGGCUCGGACAAUCAUCUUCCCAAUCCAGAUAUAUCAGAAGAUUGUCUCUUUUUAAACAUUUAUGUACCGAAUGAAAUGUCAAUGACAGCAAACAAGUCGGUGAUGGUUUGGAUUCAUGGUGGGGGUUACACAGGUGGUUCAGGGAUGUCGUACGAUGGGACGUCACUAGCAAUUCACGGUGACGUCAUUGUGGUGACGCUUAACUACAGACUAGGUGUGUUUGGAUUUCUCAGUACAGGGGAUUUCAGCGCGAGAGGCAACUACGGACUCUGGGAUCAGAUCGAAGCUCUGAAAUGGAUUAAAACCAACAUCAUAUAUUUCGGUGGAAAUCCAAACUCAAUAACGUUGUUUGGUGAAUCAGCUGGUGCAUUCAGUAUUUCCCAUUUAGCAAUGUUCCCAGGAAACGAGGGCCUUUUUCAUCGAGUUAUUAUGGAAAGUGGUUCAUUGGGGUCUUAUGGCUCUAUAGUAAAAGUUCCUGUGACAAACGCACGAGCUUUGGGAGGCCUAUUACAGUGUAGUGAUAUCCAAAGUACUGAAUCGCUUGUCUCCUGCUUGCGCGGAAUAGAUGCGUCCAUUUUGUUUGAUGCCUCUGAAAUGGCAUAUUCGUUCCCGUUACUGGGGACAUAUUUUGGCCUCGCAUUGCCAUAUGCCCCGGUCAUCGACGGAGAAAUGAUUGCAGGUAAUCCCAUCUCUCUUCUUCAAAAUCGAUCCUCCGAACAAGUAAAAUUUUACCAGUCGCUUGACGUCAUUUCUGGUUGCAAUUCAGCCGAAGGAUCUUUACUAAUGAUAUACAUUUCGAUGUUUCCGAGUCUGUCCUUGCCGCCCGUUAAUGUGUCUGAAGGAAUUCCAAGCUGGGUUCUCAAUCUGUUCGCUAAAGCGAUGACUGAUUUAUAUUAUAACAAUGACACUAGAAUUCUACCACAUAUCUUUGACAAAUACAUCUCGACAGAUAUAGAAGAACAAGGGCGACUUCUAGUGAAUUUUUUAAGUGACUCACAGUUUUUUAUGCCCAUGUUGGAAUCACUGUUAGUUCAUGACCACGAUGGAAAUUCUAAAGCAAAUACGUUUCAAUAUUUCUUCUCAAAGACCUCCCCGGUUGAUGUUUUGAUCGGUGUUCCGCCGAAAUGGUUCGUUGGAGCAGGACACGGCGCUGAACUACCAUACAUUUUUAAUGCUGGCUAUUAUAUGUACGGUCCAGACAACGUUCUUUCAACACAAAUGGUGUCAUACUGGACUAAUUUUGCAAAAUAUGGGAACCCAAACAUUGGACUUCCAGUUCCAGACUGGCCUGAAUUUGACGAAAUCACAAGACGAUUUAUUAACCUAGACACGGACAUCACUACCGGAUCUGAUUUAUUGGGAGACCGGGUACGAUUCUGGACUGAUGAAAUUCCCCGUAUAUUGUCAGAUACAGACAGUAUCGUUACAACACCGAAACCGAUUGACGAGUUAUCCAGUGCCUCUCAGCGUUGUGCUAGUAUUAUUAUGCUUUGCGUAUGUGUUAUAAUGUCGGCAUUUGACUUUGUAUGAGAAUCAAAACCUAACCCAUGUGAAUCAAUUCAUGGUUUGUGUUUCAUUUUAUAUUGUAUAAUGUAUAUAAAAUCUUUAAUGAUGGGUUUCAUUUUAUAUUGUAUAAUGUAUAGAAGAUCUUUAAUGAUGGGUUUCAUUUUAUAUUGCAUAAUGUAUAUAAGAUCUUUAAUGAUGGGUUUCAUUUUAUAUUGUAUAAUAUAUAUAAGAUCUUUAAUGAUGGGUUUCAUUUUAUAUUGUAUAUUAUAUAGAAGAUC